AUGAAGGUCAAGAUCCUCUCAUACCACGCUGUUGCUGCCUGGCGCUGGGACAUGCCCGAAGAUGAUGAUUGUGGUAUCUGUCGUGUUCAGUUUGACGGCACCUGUCCGAAAUGCAAGUUUCCAGGAGACGAUUGUCCUAUCAUCAUGGGACAGUGCACACAUUCGUUUCAUAUGCAUUGUCUCGAUACCUGGAUCAACCAGGAGUCAAGUCAAGGCAGAUGCCCCAUGUGCAGACAAGUUUUCCGCAUCAAAGGAACAGCUGAUCAGAGCGAAGUCCAAGCUGAGCAGACCUCUCAAUCUUGA